CAAGAAUAAAAUUAUUAUUAUUAUUAUUAUUAUUAUUAUAACUUGCAGUUUCUCAAGUUGCUCCUGAUAUGAAAAGAAAAAAAUGUAAUAACAUGAGAGAUUCUUCUGCAAUAAGGGGCAUUAAGUACAAAUAUUGGUUGCUGGUGUAAAAGAUGGUAUAGUAGAUUGAUAACUGCUGAAUUAUUUAAUAUUGCGAAUCGUAUUGUAGUUGUGUUACUGCAGGGAUCAAAUAUGUACAAGUUUUCUUCUUUAUGACAUAUGCAAAUAAGUAUAACAAUAUCUCUUGGAUUCACUAUCAGUCUACAGGCAGGAGGAGGCAGAGUUCUCCCUGGGUUGCUGUGAGUUUUUCGUACUGUAUGACCAUGUUCCAGUAGCAUUUUCUCCUGCUCCUGGAAGGAAUAACUACUGGAAUAUGGCCAUAAGACCCGAAAAACUCACAGCAACCCAGUGAUUCCGACCGUGAAAGCCUUCGACAAUACAGAGUCCUCCCUGUUCUCAACACGGAUUGCAUCCAGCACAAUGGACACAAAGGUGUUUGUUUCUAUAGUAAAUCAACACACCUGGAUGGAAGCAGUUGUCAUGCUUUUCUGCCCUUGCUCCUUUCCAGAUUAAUUUAUUCUCCAUUCUACAGAGAAAGUCGGAGCUUAUAUAUAGAUUUCAAAACACACAUCUAUGUUUAGAGUUCAUCUGUUUAUAAUGUAUAGUACCAAAUAUUAGGAUUGUGUUUUAUUAACUCAGUAUGAACUACUAGAUAUUGUCUACUGUAUUGAAGAUGGAGGGAGGGAGGAUUUGAUCCUGCAAUAAUUAGGCCAUACAUUAACUUCAGUACUCAGAAUAGUUAUUUUUUUGGAUUUAAGCUGCCCAAAUCUUCCAUCAUCCUGGACCAGUCAGAGGGAGUUUUCAACCAAAAGAACAACAAUUCUAAGCUGUGGGUAGCUAUUCCAUUUUUCUGUGUGUGAGAGAGGGAGAGAUUGUUGCUCAUUCUUUCAUCACACUGAAACAUUCUUGAAGUUUAGAAGGAAAGCUAUCCUGCAAAGUGUUGUUGCAAAAAGGAAUGAUGGCUAGAGGUGUGGCAUGGAUGGGAAGAGGGUCCUCGUGUUGCCAUCUGAAAGUUGGUGAGGCUUAGCAGGAGGAAUUUUAAGCAGAGCCUCUCUAUGGUUGCACCUGCCCAUGAAAAAAUGCUUUUCUGUUAAAUAAUGCCUUUUAAUUUGUCUUACAGCAACAUUCAACACAUGCGGAAACAGCUUGAUGCCUUAGGUCUUUCUUUUAGCUGGGAUCGGGAAAUAGCCACUUGUUUCUCAGAGUACUAUAAGUGGACACAAUACAUUUUUCUUAAACUUUAUGAAGCUGGAUUGGUCUAUCAAAAUGAAGCUGCAGCCUCAGAAUGGCUGCUGAAGACCUUGUUUGGGGCGGAGCCUGGUGCGGCCCCGCCCACGGAGGGCCCUGACGGCGGGAAACUUUCCCGCCGCGCCGAGGGGGCUCCUGGGAAGAAGAAGCCCCCUGGUCGCCGCCAUGUUGGGAAGGAGGGAGCGCCCUUCCCAGCAACCUGCAGGGCCGGCAAUGGUUAAUUGGGAUCCGGUGGACCAGACUGUUCUUGCUAAUGAACAGGUGGAUGAAAAUGGCUGUUCAUGGCGUUCAGGAGCAAAAGUGCAAAAGAAGUACCUCAAGCAGUGGUUCAUUAAACCAUCUGCCUAUGCAAAGUCCAUGCUUGAUGGUUUGUCAGAUCUCCCUAAGUGGUAUGGAAUAAAAGAAAUGCAAGCCAAUUGGCUAGGAGACUGCACUGGAUGCUACUUUGAGUUUAUUUUGAAGGUUAAUAACAAAUCAACAGGAGAGAAAAUAGCAGCCUUUGCAUAUGUACCUGAAGCCAUUUAUGGUAUGUCUUAUUUACAUAUCUUACCUGACCACAGACUGUUACAUGGAAAUAGCAGUCUAAAGGAAGCCUUCCAGAAGGAUUUGAUACCAGGCAAAGAGUCUCUUACUUCAGUGACAGCUAUGAACCUGCUUACCAAUCAGGAGAUCCCUGUAGUCAUAUCAGCAAAAUCAGAGUUUGAAGGCUACCUUGAUGCUAAAAUAGGAAUCCCUUGCACUGAAGCAGAUGAUGCUAAAGUUGCUAGGAGUUUGGGCCUGUCAUUUGAAGAAGUUAUUGAAACUCUGUCAGAUGGCUCACAGAGACUGAUCCACUCUGGAGAGUUCACAGGUAUGAGUAGACAACAAGCGUUAAAUGCAAUCACUGAGCAAGCCAAAAAUAAAGGAGUAGGAGUAUACCUAACAAGUAAUAAAUUGAAAGAUUGGCUGAUCUCCCGACAACGUUAUUGGGGAACACCUAUUCCAGUUAUUCAUUGCCAGUCCUGUGGUCCUGUGCCUGUGCCGUAUGAGGAUUUACCUGUACAGUUGCCAAAUAUUGCAUCCUUUACAGGCAAGGGUGGCUCACCAUUAGCUUCAAUUUCAGAUUGGGUCAACUGCUGUUGUCCAAAAUGCAAGAAACCUUCAAGGAGAGAAACAGAUACCAUGGAUACAUUUGUUGAUUCAGCUUGGUAUUAUUUAAGAUAUACUGAUCCCCAUAACACUGAGAGAGCAUUUGACAAAGACUUGGCAGAUCAUUGGAUGCCUGUGGAUCUGUACAUUGGAGGAAAGGAACAUGCAGUGAUGCAUUUGUACUACGCCAGGUUCAUUAAUCAUUUUUGCCAUGAUCAGAAGAUGACUAAGCAUAGAGAGCCUUUUCACAAGCUCUUAGUUCAAGGCCUUAUCAAGAAUCGAACAUUCAGACUAACAACAACUGGUAAAUAUUUGAAGAGAGGAGAAGUUGACCUUACUGGUCCUGAACCUGUUCAUAUUAAAACCAAAGAAAAUCUGGAGAUGAUGUGGGAAAAAUUGAGUAAAUCUAAGCACAAUGGCAUAGAGCCUGAAGAAAUGGUCCAGCAAUACGGAAUUGACACAGUCCGACUCUACAUCCUAUUUGCUGCACCUCCGGAGCAAGACAUUUUGUGGGAUGUGAAAACGGAGCGGAGGCGGCAGCUGGACGAGUUCCUGGCCCAGAAAGGGAGGCCCAGGCCGGCGGGUGGCAGGCCCUACUUGAAGGACAGGACCAAUGGGCAGGCCUUGGCUCCCUCCAGACCGGACUCGGCUGUUCUUUCUUUCCAGGUGGCCAGGACGAAGCACAGGGAAGCCGCCCCAAGCAAACCCAAGGUGGCCCCCGUCAAGAAAGCGGUGCCCGGAGCGCCCCACCGCCCUGCGACAAAGGAGCCCCCAGCGGCUGGGUCCCGCUUUCCCCGGGAGCCCCCCUCCCAAACCCACCCUGAGAAGCCACUCAGGAAUGACCACAACAAAGGAAAACAGAAGGCAGAGGAUGGGAAAGAGAAUGCCGUUGUUGGAGUGACCGCAGUCCGACCGACUCAAAAGAGGGCUGUUUCCAGACCGGCGUUUGGAAGCCAUGCAUCCAAGCAAUCUGUACAUUUGGGGAGUAAGGGGACAUUCUCCCUGAACUCAGCAAAUCCUAAAAAGAAGCACCAAACUCCCCCGCCAGGCAAGAAGCCCUCCGCCCAUCCAAGGAGCCAUUCGGCUGCACCCAAAAGCGGAGCCGAGAGGAAGCAAGGCAACUUCAGGCAACAGCCGAGGACCCCCAAUGCAAAGCCUAGACCCCGGACCUCUGCCGUCCACACAGCUCCUGCCUCUGGGGGGCUCCGAAAUGGCAGGAGAGAGCCCCCCAAACCCAAGCACCCGGAUGUGGGCCCAGGCCAAGAGCUCAAGACCCCUUCUGCUCCCGACCGGAGGCAACUGCUGGAGGACUGGGUGGCGUCCCGAGGAAGGACCUACAAGAGGCCCCCCAUGCGCCCCGCUGCCCCGAAGCCUCCGAAGGCAAAGUCCAGCCUGAACCUCGCCUUCUGGGGCUCCUUGGAGGAGGAGGAGGAGAAAGAGGAAGCGGAGAAGGAGGAGCAGCACCUGGCCAACGAGAUCACACACACCUUGGCAGAGUGCCGGAAGCUGGCCGAAGAGGGCCUUCCUGAAGAGCAGAUCCUCGCAGCGCUGACCCGCAUCCCGCAAGUGGAGAGGUUUGCCCAGUUCUGGGUCUGCAAAGCCACGCUAGAGGCGCAGAGGGGCUCCUUGGACGUGGCAGGGCUCUACGAAGCCGCCCUCUCCGCUGGGGCCACGCCGCUGCAGGAGCUGCGAGAUGCUGUCACGGGUAUUUUGAAGAAUGUCAAGGCACCGUCCAGGGGUGAGCGUGCCAUGGGAUCCCUUUGCACGAGAGACCCGGAGCCUGUGAGCCCUUCUGGAGUGUGUUUCCCUUCGACCCCUGCAGCCAGCCCUGUUCCAGAGGAAGAUGUGGACCCUCCCCAGACUCCUCAGCAAAGCCCACCGUGGGCUAAGCCCUGCUCGGCCAUCAAGCUCCAGAUCCUUUCCCUGCCCAGGUCCAGCAAGCGAAGCCCUUGGCCAGAGGUGAGACUCCUGACCCCCGUGCGACGGUCCCUGCGCAUUGAAGGCGCCACCGCUUCCUACCCACAGAUGCUGAGGGACCACGACCCUGUCGUCUCCUCCCUGGAGGAAAUCGUGGCCGCAGACCACGGGAGCCAAUUCCUCUUCCGCAGCAACACAGCUCUGCCCAGAGCGGUGAGAGUGGCCGACUUUGUGACUGGACGGGCCACCUGUGGGCACAAUGCCACCCCGGCCACGACGAAAGCAUCAUUGCCACGUUGAGGAGUGUUCACACCACCUCCUUUCCUCCCAGCCUCCUUCUUUCUCUUUCUUUGUAAACAAGACUGGACCCACAGCAUUGUUCUCUGAAGCCCUUUUGGAAACAUGUCCGUCUUUAUUCUUCAAUCCAUCAAUCAGUGUGGCCAGAAUCCCUGGGUUGCUGUGAGUUUUCCGUGCUGUCUGGCCAUGUUCCAGAAGCAUUGUCUCCCGACGUAUCGCCCACAUCAGCAACCCAAUCAAUCAGCCUUUAUUACAAGGAGGAAAAGUGCACAGCAGAUUCCUAAACUGAUGAGGCCCACUUAAGAACAGGAUGAGUUCAAUGCUAAAUGCAUACAAACAAGGAAAAAACACUGCAAAUCUAUACAAGGCAAGUUUCAGCCUGGGUCUAAUACAGGAAGUUGUCUUAUCCCGGCUACUUCAGAGAGAAACUUUGCAACAACCAGGGCCACAUGGUGGAAACUAUCACUAGUACAAACCUCACAUGAAAUUGGGCUGAUCAAAUCAGGGGGUAUUAUAAAAUU